AUGGUCUAUGUGGUCAAUUUGUGUGACUUUUUCAAAACCAUUCAAGUCAAAGACCCUUUCAGCGAUACCAUGAUUGAGAAAAAUCGACUUGAAUACUCUCUAGAGAAAUUUGAGCAAUGUGUGAAUGGAAAGUACUUUUCAGAUAUACCCAUCUUGUUAGCAUUUACAUUUGUGGACGUUUUUAAAGAAGCCUUAAAACAAUUCCCACUCAAUGAAACUCGAAAGAAUUCCAUCGAGCAUUUUGUUCAACAACUCAAUCCAGCAGCUCAAGGACAAAAACAAACAGAACCAAAAGUUCCAUCCAUUCAACACAAGUUUGGAGAUUCCACACUCGAAGAGUGGCACACUUGUUGUGAAUUUAUUAUUGAACAAUUCAUUCAUGUAGCCACCUCUCAGGAACGACGAGAAGAAAUGAGAAGAAAUGUUGUCGUGUUGAAUUGCCUAGAUGUCAAGAAGAGUACACAAGUAUUGGUGAAUGAGAUUAUUCUCAAUACUGAUAUCAUGGCUCAUCUACAAUUCAAUGAGCAUUAUUAUGGAACCUCUUCCCAACAGCAUCAUUCUCGAACGCCGAGCAUUCAUGAAAAAUUCAAAACUCAUCCACCAAUAUGUAAGAAUGUUGAUCCUCUCUCUAUGGUCUCGAGCAAUAAUCAUGAAGCUUCUAAAAUUACCAAGCAGAGAAAACGAAAGGAAAAGCAUGCAAAGGCCACCGCACGAUCGUGGGGAUCUAUUCCAUGGAAUAGACAACCAUCAGCUUCCUCUCAAAAACAACAGGAGAGUGUAGUGGUCGUGUUGGAUGAAGCCUCGGAUCGUUCCUCGGAGGAUGAAAUACAAGUUUUGCCCGAAAAUACUGACACUACAGCAAGAAGAAAGAGAAAAAGCAGCAAUAACUGUCUUUUGCAAUAA